AUGGCAAGGAAGAGCUGGAACAACCACAGUCAAGAUUGGGAUCCAAUGCGUGAUGAUUACAAUGACACCUCAUAUGAUGCACAAUAUCCUGAUGAUGACUCUGGAGGUGGAGUUCAGUUGGAUCAAUGCCGUUUGUAUAUUACAAACAUACCAAAGACUUUGAAUGAAGAUGGCCUGAGGACUCUAUUUAGCAAAUAUGGGACGAAUGUGGCGGCCUUCCUUAGUAAAGAUGCCCAGAAGCGGUUUGGGCUUGUCACUUUUGAAUCUCCAGGCGAAGCCAAACUUGCAAUGAUGAAACUCAACAGGACUGAACCACUCAAUUUGAAUAUUUGCAUAGCUCACAAGAAGAAAACUGGUCGUAAACAGAAAGAGUCAGAGGAGCGCGCCCCCGCUUACAGUUGCAGAGAUGACAGUGGAAGCCAGUGCAGUAGAGGGAGAAUAAGCAGAAAACAAGAUGAUUUUCAACUUAGUUUUAAUGGAGAUGGUGAAUUGGAUCAAUUGAAGAUGGAUGAUGAUUUGACCUUGGCAAGCCCCGACCCGCACAUGAAUUUGGAAAUGAUACAACUACAAAUGGAACAACUCAAGUUGAAAGAGGCGCAGCUGCAGUGCAGGCAACGCAUGCUGCUCUUGAAUCAUGUCGGAAAGAAACAGCAGCUUCAGGGAGGCAGCAACAGGUGCAUUAUGCCCGAUGGAAGAAUUAUCGUGAGGAAUGUUAACAGGGACACAGAGUUGCAGGCGAGUGAGAAUUUCGGUGACGGCGAUAUGAACGUCGGGCGCGACCGCUCUCGCGGUGGUUCUUGGGACCGAAGCGGCAGCGGCAGCGGUGGCCGCAGCUCUACCUCCACCUCCACGUGCGUCCACUGCGAGGAGCGAAGGGAGAAGUCGCACACUGCCCGACGGGUCGCCGGUACGAAUACGCCGCCAGGGGAAUCUAGGGCGGGCGUGGGCAGCGGGAGGAAGGGGAGCGAACACGAACACGAGAGCACCCUCUACGAGUUUAAGUUCAGCGAUCUCGCCAGCACCGGCGACGAGGAAGACGAGGCGACCGAGCGCUUGAUACUCUCCCGCGCAACGGACUAUCGGGACGAAGUCGAGGUGCUUCUCAAGCUGGCCAUAGCACCGGACGGCUACCCCAAGCUUAAGAUGCGGCUGCGCCAGAUGGAGAUGUUCCAGAGGGCAAUCGACGGGAUAGUGGACAUGCAGCUCAAGGCGGGCCUGCUGAAGAGGGUGCCCUCGUUCCACGACUGCUAUCUGAACAGGGGCGCGAUCGUGUGCGUAUGCAAAGAUCCGGAGACGAGGGAUUGGGUGGUGCGCGUGUUGGCCGGAAUGGAGGAGCGCAUGGGCUGCCAACUGAUGCUGCUGAGCACGAAGGUCAAGAGGAUCUGCCUGGCUGCGCUGAGGAUACCCUCGGAAAGCUGGCCGGCGACAGCGCGCGAUGUCUUCAAGCUGCUCCAGUACUUCAACCCGUCGCUGAGGACGGAUUCCUGGCGGAUCUACGCCCAGAAGAAGAGUGCCGACGGCGCCGAGUGCACCUCGCUCCUAGUGGACCGCGUCUCCGGCGAGAUAAUGCGCGGCCACGCCUUCAAGAACGUGAUCGACUACGCCAGCAUGGAUUUCGAGUUGACCGGCCACGCGGAGAUCUACUACGAGGGCGUUUCUAGCGGGCUUCGCGACGACUUGAGCAGUGUCGCGUCUAGGGCCCGGCUGUUGGGCGAGCUGAGGUCUGGCACGCUGACGGAGGACGUGUCGUCGACUCGUCUUGAACAUAAAGAGGAGGAAAUCCCACACGCGGCCGAGGUGAAGAGGGCUUUAGAAGACUCUCUUAACAUGGACGCGAUGAAGAAACUCAAAGGCGUGGAGUACCGCAGCGGUGAUAACGAGCCGAUCGCGUGGUCGGCCGCCAGCGAGGCCGAGGUCGCCGACGAUAAGCAUGACAAAGCUGACACCGUUUCGCUGACACGCGACAGGGCCGACUCUGUCAUGGACAGUUUGGUGGACAGCGCGGUGACCGUGGACAGCCGACGCGGCGUCGCCUACCACAGGCGCACCAAUUACCUGCACGUGGACAACGAACUGAAGCUGGCCAUAACCCUCGAGGACUACCCCGAGAGCAAGCUGGACGGGACCCACAUCAGGCGGCUGAAGAGGCUCUUUAAGGAGCAACUGAACAAGGACGUGAAGGCCGGCCGCUUGGCCAGCCCCAUCCUCCCGCGGUUCCACGACGUGUUCCUGUCCAACGGGGCCGUGGUCUACGUGUGCGACAGCCUGGAGUCGAAGGACUAUUUGACCGGCAUCCUGCCCAAGUUCAUCAGCUCCACCGGCCUGAAGUUGGCCUUUAAAGAGGUUAGCCAGCUGCUGCGCUACACCAGGGUCGUUAUGCGUCUCCCCAAGGCGCUGGCGCAUUUGGAGUCCAACAAGAUUACGGCGCAACUGCCAAUGAGGUAUCCGGGAUUGAAGCCCGAGCGCUGGAAGUGCUACUCGGACGUGGCCGGCAAACAGAAGAGGCAAUUCGGCGUCGACCCCGAAUCUCUGGACGUGAUCAGGAGUCCCGGGUUCGAGUUCAGCUACGAGGGGGAGACGAUAGAGUUCAGGGUUAUAGACAGGAAGAAGCGCGCCGCGAGCUUUAACGAGACCGAGCCAAAAUCUACAGUGGCAGACGAGAACGAAGCCCUCUGGGAGAGGAUCUCCAGGGAGAUGUUUCGCCCUAUAGGCGCUGACCUGACGAGCGCCUCUCUAAGCCGUACGCGCGCCAACCACUACACCGAUCUGGUGGCUGACGACCUGAAGCUCUACAUCGGGCCCCCCAACUAUCCAGAGUCGAGGCUCGACGAGGCCGCCCUCUACAAGCUCAAAGGCGAACUCAAAACAAUCGUUCUGGAGGCCUUGCGAAGCGGCCACGAGGCAAUACCACAGUUCCACGACCUCUACCUCUUCGACGGUGUCGUCUUCGCGAUCUGCGGCGAUUUCGAAUCGAAGAGCUGGCUGGAGGGGCAACUCGAGACAGUCGGCGCCAGGCUGGGUUCGAACCUGCGCUCCACCGAAUACCGGGGCGCGGUUGGCAUAGUCAGCAUGCAGGCGCGCACCGCCCUAGACACGGACGAGGUGAUUGCCACGCUGCAGUCGCUCAACCCGCGGCUGCGCACGCGUUUCUGGAGGACCAUCAGCGUGGUCCGCUCGCAGGGGAGGCUAGACGCCGUCCUGCAGAUAGACAGGCUCUCCGCCCAAGUGAUAACCGACCCGCGGUUCGAGCGCCGCAUCGGCGGCGAGCCGGUGCAGUUCAAGCUGGGACACCUGCAGUCGCUCGUGCGGCCGAAGACCGCGCUAGCGUACAUCGAGAGGAGACGGCCCCAGCCAGAAGCUAGUGACAAAGACGAUGCGAAGACCAUCAGCGCCCUCGACGGAGAAGACACGGACUACUGCCGCAUGACCCUGAAGGUUCCCGCCGGGAUUCUGCCCGAGCGCAGGGACGACUUCAACGUGAUCCUGGACCUCCUCGAAGAUAAGAACCCCGGUCUGAACACGGAGCUGUGGCGGUUCGCGUGCGAGGGCGCCUACCCUUCCGGCGGGAGGUUCAACCUUCUCGUGGACAAGCAGUCCGCCUCCGUGAUAAAGGGCGAGGGGUUCGACGGCAGCCUCGGCGGGGAGCAACUCAAGUUCCUCUUC